AUGCACAUCGUGUCCAGACUCAUCACUAUCACAGCGGCAUUUAGCCCAUGUCUCGCUGCCGCAAAUAGUAAUCAGGGCGAAGUCCCUUCCGUUCGGUCAUAUUUUAUGGUCGGCGGAGGGUAUGCUAAUGAUGGUGCUGGUGGAGAAAUCUUCCGUGGUCAGAUGUACGUGGAGAGGCUCGUGCCAGUCGAAGGCGCUUCCCAAACUACACCCAUCGUCUUCAUUCAUGGUCAAGCCCAGACAGGCACUAACUUCCUCAAUAAGCCCGACGGUGGCCGUGGUUGGGCUUCGCAAUUCAUAAGCCAGGGAUACGAAGUCUACAUCGUUGACCAGACCUUUCGAGGGCGAUCAGCAUGGGCUCCCUCCAAUGCUGCUGCGACGCCCUCGACAUACUCAGCCGAUAUUAUCGAACAGAGGUUCACCGCGCCCCAAAAGUUUAGCCUCUGGUCCCAGGCUAAAAAUCACACCCAGUGGCCUGGAAGUGGCCUACGAGGAGAUGAGGUUUUCGACGCUUUCUAUAGCUCAAAUGUUCAGUUCAUCAGCAAUGCGACAUACCAACAACAGGCAGUGCAAGAUGCUGGAGCUGCUCUUCUUGACAAAAUUGGCAAGCCUGUCAUUCUCCUUGGACACAGCCAGGGCGGUAUGAUGCCUAUCCUAAUCGCCGAUGCUCGCCCCGAAUUCACUAAAGCGUUGAUCUUAAUUGAGCCCUCUGGCCCCCCAUUCCGAGAGGCCGUUUUCAGUACGAAAGCAUCUCGUGCUUGGGGUUUAACUGAUAUUGCCCUUACAUACAGCCCAGCAGUCUCCGACCCGUCCCUUGACCUUGUCCAAGAGGUGCAGACUAGCCGUGGCAAAGACUUUGUCGAGUGUGUGCUUCAAGCCAAGAAGUCUGCACCUCGCCAACUAGCGAAUCUCCAGGAUAAGCCUAUUCUUAUUGUCACGGGCGAAGCUUCAUACCAUAUGCCAUACGACUAUUGCACUGCUAAGUACCUUCUGCAGGCUGGGUGUUCCAAGACUAAACAUGUUGAGCUUGGCGAGGAAGGAAUCCAUGGAAACGGGCAUAUGAUGUUUAUGGAAAAGAACAGUGAUAAGGUUCAAGGACUUGUGGAGGGCUGGGUGCGAGGAAUAUGA